CCCCCCCCCCCCCCCCCCCUCGGCGCCGGUCUCCAAGCCCCGCUUCCGCAAUUCGUAUCGCUUCCGGCUCCGGGGACCGACGGCCGCAGCACCGUCUCGCCUCUCGAUUACUAUGGCUUCCGGCGAGGGGGCCGGGGAGGGAUGGGAGGCGGCGGUGCGGGCGGAGGUGGGCGCCGUUGCCUGGUGGGAAGACCCGGACAGCGCCGACCUCCGCGCCAGGUUCAAGGCUUUCACGGGGCAGCGCAGCGACUGGCCGCAGCCCACGGUCCUCUUCUGGAAGGACCUUCUCCUCCGUGUCGCUCGGAGACUCCGCGUCUGCUCCGCCCCUGCCCACCUCGUGACGAGCGCUUGGUUCGCGCGCCCCGGGGGGCUCACGCCGCUCUGCUUGCCGCAAGUUCUGGAAGAGAUGCGUGCGGAUGGGGACAUACUGCUGAAAUCCGAGCUGAUCGAUCCAUCCUCAGGGAGCCUGCACCAGCUGGUCAGGAGGGUGAGCCUGAUGACCAUCGGCUCCAGGAGGACGGUUUCGCAGGAGGACAUCCUCGUGUUCAAAUUGUUGGUUGAGGAACGGGCUGCUGAUAUUGCUAGGCAAUUGGGCGACUCUCAUUGGACAUCGACAUGUGUUGUUACGAUUAGCAAAUUCAAUAGCUUCUUUGUUGACCGGGAGGAUGCUCAUGUCGCAUUGUGUUUUUUGACGCAAUCUGGGAAAGCUAGGUACCUUUCAGGCAGGAAACAAGAACCUAUUGAGUUGCAUUCAUGCCUGCAGGGUGUCAAGUUUGCACUCACUGCUUCACAAGUUCCUGCUGUAUCCAAACUUGACCACGACACCUUGCACUUAGUAUGGACAGAAGAGAAGUUGCAAGGACAGCUUGAUGUGCUUGAUCGCCGAUGGGAGAUUUCAAGGAGAAGGGCAUUGGCAUCCUUCAAAUCCGGAGAUAAACAGGCUGCUUAUCGUUAUGUGAGGCAGUCUAAAUUAUUCUCACAAAGCCGGAGCAGAUGCACACAGUUGUUGGAAAGGAUUGAAGAAGUCAUCAGUCUAAUUGCUAGUGCUGAAUCAAAUAAGAAGGUCUAUGAGGCAAUACAAAUUGGUAUCUUGGCAAUGAAGGACAACAAUGUCAGCAUAGAUGAGGUUAGCAUCCACAUGAAGGAGGUUGAUGAGCUUGUUGCUGCACAAAGAGAAGUUGAAGCUGCCCUUGAAUCAGUACCUCUCCAGUCGUUAGAUGGUGAAGGAGAUAUUGAGGAAGAGUUCAACAAGCUUGAAGCAGAAUUGCAGGAUGACAUUCCACAUAUUCAUGUUCAAGAACCAAUGGCACCUUCCAACAAGGAAUCACCUGAUGAAGUGGUUGAAUCAUUGAGCCAUAACAUGUCAAGAAUUAGACUGGAGCCCAUCUAAACGCUCCAUUUUUCACUUAUUUGACCUGUACAUAGUGUGAUGUAGUCAAAUCAUCUGGUCCCAUCAGUGUGUGUUAUGUUUCUUGUGACAACAUCCUUAUAAAAGGGCAAUUCUGUUGCAGAUAUAUUCCUGACAAGAGUGCAAUGAUGCCUGCUGUUUCAUUGAGCCUCAAUAUUUUUUUUUGAAAACCUAGUGAGCCUCAAUAGUUCACCUCCUACUUCUUUUAAACGGUGGUUUCAAUACCCUAAUAACUUAGUUCA